CCAGCUUUAUGCCGGAUGUUGCAUUGCCUUCAGACGACCCCAAACGAACAAGCGCACCACAGCCAACAUGUGGGACUGCGACGGAAAUGUUACUGCUGAGAUGUAAAUAAACAUCAAAAGAUCAUGUUAUCCUGCUCUAAUCAAAGCCCAAGUCUCAUUUUGGAGGCUCUUCGUAUUUUGACAACCCCGGAAAGACAAAGUCACACAGACUCUGCUUCAUCUGCAGACAAUGGAGAAAACCAAUUUGACCACCUGCUCCAAACUAAACUUCUGUCGCUCAAUAGAAAUCUGCAAUCUGACAAGUUCUCCUCGCUGCCAUGUUUGUCAGCCCUACAGACUCAGACAUCUCCGUCAGACACUGACAGGUCAGACGUCCGAUGGAAGUACACGUCUGCAUGUCUUCAUCUUCUGUUCCUGCUGCAGAAACAUCUGAUUCAGGCUACCAGAGAUUUCCAGGAAGAGAUGAAGAAGAACCCUCCAUCCAUGAAGACACCUCACCAAGUCCCCCCACUUUCUCCAGAUGUGCUCAGUAUCGAACAGGAGAAAACAGUCUUGACCACUCUGCAGUUCAUUGUCUGUCUUGGAAUUUGCCCACAUGUUGAUAAAGGUGUCGGAAUUCCUAUCGAGAGGAGAUCAGGAUUUGGAAAGCUUCUCAGUGGCAGCAAAUUGAUGGAAGUAUCGAGAAAAGAACGUUAUUCUAGGCUGGGAUUGUGUGGACGCAUUUUUGCAGCCUGUUUAAAUGUACCAUCUUUAUCAGCAUUAGUUCUUUCACGACAUCUCUGUGAUUUUUUAGCCAUUCUUCUUCAGCUGAACCACUUUACAGGGAUAUUUGAUGGUCAGAAGCGCAAUUUAAAUCCUUCCCUUCGUUCUGAAAAUCAGACUGUUAAUGUUGAAUCGAAUCAAAAUGACAAUACCAGCAAUUGUCCACCAAAGAGGACUGUGAGUGAAUUAUUAGAUUCAACAGAUUCAAAUACUAGAACAAACCCUCAAAUUGUUAACCCCCAGGAUUCCCACAUAUGUCAUGAAGAUUCAUCAUCAGUUUCAGAAAGCAGAAUGGGAGUAAAUGAAAGCAAAUGUUCAAUUUCAAAUGCUAAGUCAAAUGCUGUGGCUGAUAGCUGUCAGAAAACUGUUUCUCAAGCCGAUGAAUACCUGAGUCUAUUACUGGGUGAGUUGAGUGUAGUGGAUUCGGACCAGGAGUUUGCAGAGGCCGGCCUACAAAAGCUGAUGACAAGGGUCAGUCCGGCGAUGCUGGUGAGAGACUUGAUGCUGCUGCAGGGGGCAGCCAAACCCAGGGCAGGUGCAAAGUCAAAAGGUCAAGGCAAGCCUCUGCCUGUGUCUCCCCCAUGGCUGAGACAAGUGUGUGGGCGCCUGAUGACAGACAUCUUGAUGCGGCCCAAGGGCCUCCUGCAUGUACUGCAGGGUAUGCUACCCCCUGGCCCAGCCCCAUCUGGAGAUUCUGUUGACUGGCAGAGAAGCCAGGCCAUUGCCAUGGUGAUAGCACACUGUCCCAUGCACACAACAUCAGUGGAAGAAUACUACUCACAUAUCUCUCCCCAGUUAUUAGGUUUGCUUCAUCACAAUGAUCCUAAAGUAACCCAGAGGUUUCUGAGGGUGAUUGUGACCCUCAUGAAGGAGAUGACCAGUCAGCAUCCAUCACUCGGACAGAAGCAUCUGCUUGACCCACUGUUGACCGCACUACAGCAGUGUGUGGACAGUCAAGGUACAUCAGUGACUCCCUGGAAACAGGUGGUAGUGUGUGACAAGUCAAUGACCCGAUGUAUAGGAGGUAUUCACAAGCUGUAUGUGAUCAGCACUGAAGCCAGGGGCUGUUUGUGGCCAGCCCUCCGUCGUUAUGUUGCGGUUCUCUUCCAGCUGUACUGCAGCAGCAAGGAGGGCGUGUCACACGUCAGGUCAUCGUGUGAAGACAUUCUCAUCACCUUCCUCAAGCAGGCUGAACCAGAUGUUUCCCUGGACUUUCUUUGGUUGCUGGCCACUGGUGUCCAUGGUAACAGUGUGAAGGAUGUAUCCCAGUGUCCCGCUCAGUUGGUGUUUCGGCCCGGAGACAGUGGUGGGCUAUGUGCUGUUAUAGCCUCUUCCGACAGUUGUGAGGAAGACAGUAUCUGUGUGGAGACUCGGGUGCGCUGUCUAGUGGAGCUGGUGAAGCACCUACAAGACAACAGUGUCACAGGGGACUUCUUCAUCAAGUUGCUCCAGGAGCUAACCAUGAUGGUGUCAUCUCAAACUGAUGAUGAAGACACAAUUUCUGUCUUCUCCCCUGAGCCAGGGAAAGAGUUGUUAAUGCUGGAGCUUCAAGAUACACAGGAAGUGGAACUCUUCAAUAGAAGGCUGAUUGUGCUGAACCUUCUUGCCUCCAUGUGUGAAGAGCUGGGACCGUCCUGUCUGAGAAAAACACAACACAUUCUAGCAUUUGUCAGAGCUACACUGGAGCGAGGUGUGGAGGUGUGUCGGGCCACCACGGAGGAGCUGACCGGGCUGUUUGAGUCGGAGACACUGAGUAUGGCUAUGGGGCUGCUGACGGCUGUCAUGGGAGGAGCUGUGCAGGUUGAUGAGGCUGACAGACAGACGAUGCAGGAGUUGUUGCCCCUACUUGAUGGGAUCAGACAGGAACAUGCAUCAGACGAAGUGAGAGAAAUGGCAGAUGAUAUUCGUAUUGCCAUAGCAACAAGAGGAGCAGUAUGGUCAGAGCUGAUGAAGAGCAAGGGAGAUUUGAAGAAGCCAACAUCACAGGCAAAAGACACAGAUGCCGCCAAGAAGAAGGUCACUGUCAGUAAACCUAAGAAACCAUUGAUAGAAGUCCUUUCAGAGACAUCAAACGAAACUUUGCAUGAGGUCAACAACUGUCAAGAAAGAAAUAUAAGUCCUCAAAUGACCAGACACAAUGAUGAGGUCGAUCACAAGCCAAGCCUUGAAACGCAGACAGGGCACAUGAGUUCAGGAGUUCCACAAGAAGGACCAGCUCCACCUUACUCUGCAUCAUCUGAGCAUCAACCCAUGUCCUCUCCCCCGGAGGAAGACUCCCCUCAUGUAUGUGGGAGAGGAGGCUCUCCUGAAGCAGGUGCAGAAGGAGGCUCUCCUCACCCGAGUGGAGAACUAGAACAAGCCUUCAAGGAGCUAUGUGACCCCGAGAUCCCUGUCCGAGGUCAUGGUUUGCUGCGUCUGACUCACCUCAUACAGAAUAAGGAUUCCUCAGCUUUGUCUCGUCUGGAGACCUUGGUCAAGAUAUUUGAAGAGAAUUUACAACAUCAAGAUUCCUAUCUUUAUUUAGCAUCGGUUAACGGACUGGCUGCCCUCACUGACCGAUACCCAGAUGUGGUGGUGCCAAGACUUGCCAAGGAGUUUGCAGAGACAGGCCCUCAGAAGUCGGCAGAGCUAAGGAUGAAACUUGGAGAAAGUUUAGUUAAGGCAGCAAGAAAUUUAGGUGACAUGAUCCCCAAAUAUCGAGAGCUUCUACUUGCUGCUGUUUUGUCCGGAGCUAGGAGUGAUGACGCCAUGGUCCGUGCCAGCAGUUUGUCCAAUCUGGCCGAGAUGUGCAAGCUGCUGAGGUUCUCCCUCGGAAAUGUGCUUCACGAGGUGUUUGAGUGCUGCUCCAGCAUCGUGAAGACUGACCUGGACCCUGAGGUCAGGAAGGCAUCCAUCUUGACAAUAACCCAGCUGCUGCAGGGGUUGGGAGCUGAUGCACCCAAGUUUCUGGGGAGUGUGCUGCGAGACCUGUAUCGGCUGCUGAAGCUGGUCCAGGCCUCUGAUGGGGAUGCCAUGGUGCGCACUCACACCCUGCUGGCUCUCAAUGAGCUGGACGUGAUCAUGAGGGCAGCACUCUUUCCUCAACAGAAACUGGAGAAGAAGAUCACAAUCCUGCAUCCAGAGUGAUGACACAUGUGGAGCCAGGACAGACUGAUGACACAUGUGGAGCCAGGACAGACUGGUGACACAUGUGGAGCCAGGACAGACUGGUGACACAUGUGGAAACCAGGACAGACUGAUGACACAUGUGGAGCUAGGACAGACUGAUGACACAUGUGGAGCCAGAACAGACUGGUGACACAUGUGGAGCCAGGACAGACUGAUGACACAUGUGGAGCCGGGACAGACUGGUGACACAUGUGGAGCCAGGACAGACUGGUGACACAUGUGGAAACCAGGACAGACUGAUGACACAUGUGGAGCUAGGACAGACUGAUGACACAUGUGGAGCCAGAACAGACUGGUGACACAUGUGGAGCCAGGACAGACUGGUGACACAUGUGGAGCCAGGACAGACUGGUGACACAUAUGGAGCCAGGACAGACACAUGACACAUGGAGCCAGGACAGACUGGUGACACAUGUGGAGCCAGGACAGACUGGUGACACAUAUGGAGCCAGGACAGACUGGUGACACAUGUGGAGCCAGGACAGACUGGUGACACAUAUGGAGCCAGGACAGACACAUGACACAUGGAGCCAGGACAGACUGGUGACACAUGUGGAGCCAGGACAGACUGGUGACACAUGUGGAGCCAGGACAGACUGGUGACACAUAUGGAGCCAGGACAGACUGGUGACACAUAUGGAGCCAGGACAGACACAUGACACAUGGAGCCAGGACAGACUGGUGACACAUGUGGAGCCAGGACAGACUGGUGACACAUGUGGAGCCAGGACAGACUGGUGACACAUAUGGAGCCAGGACAGACACAUGACACAUGGAGCCAGGACAGACUGGUGACACAUGUGGAGCCAGGACAGACUGGUGACACAUGUGGAGCCAGGACAGACUGAUGACACAUGUGGAGCCAGGACAGACUGAUGACACAUAUGGAGCCAGGACAGACACAUGACAUAUGUGGAGCCAUAUUUGCUGUAAGAGGCGAAUAAUGGGAUCGGGUGGUCAGACUCGCUGACUUGGUUGAUGCAUGUCAUUUUAUCCAAAUUGCAUAUA